AUGAAUAAAUUUGAUGAUGCACUCACCCUUUUCAUAUCUAUCUUUAUUCAUAUCUGUCUAUCUAUGUCUGUUCAUAUCUAUCAAUUUAUCUAUCUAUGUCUAUUCAUAUCUAUCUAUCUAUCUAUCUAUCUAUCUAUCUAUCUAUCUGAGAAUGUUCAUUAUCUAUCUGAAAUAGAUAUCUAUCUAUCUAUCUAUCUAUCUAUCUAUCUAUCUAUCUAUCUAUCUAUCUGUCUGAGAAUGUCUGAGAAGGUUCAUUAUCUAUUUAUGCAUUUAUCUAAGAAUUUUCAUUAUCUAUCUAUCUAUCUAUCUAUCUAUCUAUCUAUCUAUCUAUCUAUCUAUCUAUCUGAGAAUGUUCAUUAUCUGUUUAUCUAUCUAUCUAUUUAUAUAUCUAUAUUAAACUUUUCUACGUUACAACACUAUCUAUCUGAGAAUGUUCAUUAUCUAUCUAUCUAUCUAUCUAUCUAUCUAUCUAUCUAUCUAUCUAUCUAUCUGAGAAUGUUCAUUAUUUAUCUAUUUCAGAAUGUUCCUUAUCUAUCUAUCUAUCUAUCUAUCUAUCUAUCUAUCUAUCUAUCUAUCUUUUUCAGAAUGUCCAUUAUCUAUCUAUCUAUUUCAGAAUGUCCAUUAUCUAUCUAUUCAGGAAUAAUGUUCAUUAUCUAUCUAUCUAUCUAUCUAUCUAUCUAUCUAUCUAUCUAUCUCAGAAUGUAUAUUAUCUAUCUAUCUAUCUAUCUAUCUAUCUAUCUCAGAAUGUCCAUUAUCUAUCUAUCUAUCUAUCUAUCUAUUUGA